AUGGAUGACGACGGCGCAGGUCCGAUGGCACCCGAGCCGACGCCGCCUCAGCUCGACGCGCCGGGACCGGUAGCGGACUCGCACUCCGUGCGCGACUUUCUGCAGGCGCAGCGUGCCUUCUUCGCGCACACUCACACUCAUGCGGAGCCUCCUGCCGACCUCUCCGCCGCCAGAGGCCUCGGCUGCGCGCCGUCGGCUGCGCGGCGCCGCCCCCCCGUCGCGCGGCCGCUCCACCUUCCGCCGGCUGGCGCGUCAGCCGUGCCAGCCCCAGGCAAGGAGAAUGCCUUGACGGUCUCAGGCCUGGAGGACUCCUUCCAGCGCGUGUUUGAGCAGGCCGCGCCGUCGGCGGCGCCUGGCGUGGAGGAUGCUGAGGCCGAAGCGCUGUCCUCUGCGGAGAUCCGCGAGCAGUUGCGGCUCCAGCUGGUCGCCGCGCGCUACGUGCAACAGGGCGCCGUGCCGCCCGCUGAGAUUCUGCUGAGAAUCCACCGAGCGCUUCCGGAGAAAGAGAAACGGAGAUGGGUCGCCGACCAAGACGGCGCCGUCAAGCCGGUCCUAGCGCAACUUCGGCAGAAAAUUCGUGAAGGAAGUCGCCAGGAGGCCUUUGCUCAGCUCGAAGAGCGACAGAGGCUUCUCGAUGGACUGCUGGAUGGCAAACAGCGGGAUCUCUACGAGCAGUUUUGCUACAUGCCGGAGUCUGUGAGGAUGCAAGCGGCACUGGAGCGUCGUCUUCACUCGCUGGCGCGUUACCAGGAGCGCCUCCGCGAGGCGGUGCUUGCCGAAGGCCGUCAGUCUCUCCUUCCGCCGGGCGGGUCGCUCCUCCUGCGACCGCAGGUGCCGCGCUCCUUGCACGAACGCGCCUUCCUCUGUCUCUGCGCCUGCGCGUCCUGCUGUCGCCGCCAGCACCCCGCCGCCUCGCGGCUGGUGAACGCGACGGCGGAGGCCGCGCAUAGUCCAGCUGGCGCGGCAGCGCAGAAGCAGAAGGCCACAGAGUCCGCGACGCUCCCGCCGAGCCGCGAGCGGGCGACCUGCGGCUGCUGCGGCUGCUGCUGCUACGGCUUCUGCGGCGCGACGGGGGCGUUCGCGCCCGCGGAGAAGAAGAAAGGCAAGCGCGACGAGGAGGAGGGUCGACGCGGAAAACUCGCGACGCGAUCCGCCGUCGCCUGGCCUGCCGCAUCGGGCUGUGGGCUCUUCGAGGCCCUCGGCGACGGCGGCGAGAGCGCGCUGAGCCGCGGCCCCGCCGGCCAGCUGCAAAAACUCGCAAUCAAGGCUCGGAAUCGCGCGCUGUCGGCAGUCCAGCAAGUCUACGCCGCAGUCCACGCGCGGCCCUGCCCAGCGCUUCAGCCGCCGCUGCGUCAACAGCAGCAGAAACGAAAGCUCUGGCAUCGAGCGGCCGCGCAGGUUCGCUCCGCGGAGCUCCGCGAAGAAUGGAGAGAAAAACGAGCGCUGGGGAAGCGCGUGGUCAACGCCACGGCUGCUCAGGUCGCGGCGAUCAGACAGAAGCAGCAGCAGCUGCGCGAGAAGGCACAGAAGGAAAGAAUGCGGCUGUUGAAAGAGAACGACAUGGCGAGUUACAUGAAGUUGGUGGAAGACACAAAAAACGCGCGCCUCCGCGAACUUCUCUCGGCGACCGAUGCCUUCUUGGCAGACCUCUCUGUCAAGGUUCGCGCGCAACAACUCGCGACGAAGGAUCUCACGAAGGAGCAUCAACUGAGCGAAGAUCGGCGGAAGAUGACCGAUAGCUUGGAAGAGGAAGGCGAGGCUGCCGCGGAGAAAAAGGGCGAAGGUCGCGCGGAGGCAGAGAAGCCCGAGCAGACAGAAAAGCAGAAGACCGAGCAAGGCGCGGGCUCAUGGGCGCUGGGGCAGGAUCAGUACUACGCGAUGUCGCACCAGGUGCGAGAAGAAGUCAAACAGCCGUCGAUUCUUAUCGGUGGAGACCUCAUGCCCUACCAAAUGGCGGGACUCUCGUGGAUGCUGUCCCUCUACAACAACGACCUGCACGGAAUCCUCGCGGACGAAAUGGGACUCGGCAAGACGAUUCAAACGAUUGCUUUGCUCGCAUAUUUGAAGGAAUUCAAGAACAAUCCCGGACCUCACCUGAUCAUCGUGCCGCUCUCCACCCUGCCCAACUGGACGGACGAAUUCCGUCACUGGUGUCCCUCUCUGAAAAUCAUCGCACUGAAAGGGGGUCGGCUGGAGCGGCGCGAGCUGCAGCGGGAACUGCGGCGGGGCGACUUCAACGUCUGCAUUACGACGUUUGACCUUGCGAUGCGCGAGCGCCACGGACUCUCCUAUCCUAACUGGCGGCAUCUCGUUGUGGACGAAGGUCACCGGAUGAAAAACAGCAAGUCAAAGUUUCACAUCUGCGUCUCCGAGUUCCGCGCGACGCAUCGCCUGCUGCUCACGGGCACGCCGCUGCAAAACAAUUUGGCAGAACUGUGGUCGCUUCUGAACUUUCUUCUUCCAAAAAUCUUCUCGUGCGCCAGCGACUUCGAGAAGUGGUUCAGUCAGCCGUUUGAAGGCAAAGGCAUGGCCGUGGAGAGUCACGACGCGGAGAGCGCCGGCAGCGCGUUUCUGAACGAGGAGGAGCGGCUUCUCAUCAUCAACCGGCUGCAUGCAGUUCUGCGGCCUUUCCUGCUUCGAAGAGUGAAGAAAGACGUUCUCAAAGACAUGCCGGAGCGAAAGGAAUACCUCGUUCGAAUCUCCCUUUCUGCGUGGCAAAAGGCCGUCUACAAGCAAAUCCAAGAAAAGGGACUCAGGACUGUGGAUCACGUUGGCAAUGUGACGAAGCGCGGCUUCCAGAAUACACUCAUGCAGCUGCGAAAGAUCGCGAACCAUCCUUACCUCUUCGUGGACGAGUAUCUUUUGAACGAAGACUUGAUUCGCGUCGCCGGCAAAUUCGAGUGCCUCGACCGCAUGCUCCCCAAGCUCCUCCACUUCAAACACAAAGUACUGAUCUUCUCUCAGAUGACGCAGGUCCUCGAUCUGAUGGCGGAGUACAUGCACCUUCGGGGCUACAAAUACGCGCGCCUCGACGGCAGCGUCGGCCUCCAUGAGCGGAAGGAGCGCAUGGCUGAGUUCAACAACGCCGAAGUCGAGACGAUGAUCUUCAUGCUUUCGACGAGGGCUGGGGGGCUCGGUCUGAACCUGCAGGCUGCGGACACGGUCAUCCUCUUUGACAGCGAUUUCAAUCCGCACCAGGAUCUGCAGGCCAUGUGCCGCGCGCAUCGUCUGGGACAGACGAAACAAGUCAAAGUGUUUCGUCUCGUGACCAUCAGCGGGGUUGAGGAGAUCAUCCUCGAGAAGGCGAACCGAAAGCUGUCGAUUGAUCAAAUGGUCAUUCAAGCGGGCAUGUUUGAUAACAAGUCGAGCGCGGAGCUGCGAGAAGAGAAGCUUAGACUUCUGCUGCUCCUGCGGAAGGGCGCCACGGGCGACACCACAGCGACGACGCCACUUCAGCUGAAUCGCAUUUUGGCGCGGACGGAGGAGGAGCAACGCUGGUUCGACGAGUACGACUGCGGACUGUUUAAGAAGAAGCUCGAAGAGAUGCGCCUGGAGAGCGACCAGGACCUCGAAAGCGCGGCUGCGGCUGCGGAGGCCGCGGGCGCCGCGCUGGCUGCCGCAGUGGAGGAGGCAGCGAGCGGCGGGGGACGGGAGGACGAUGAGAAGGAGAAAGAUGACGAGAAGCCACUUGUCCCGCGCCGCGCGGACUCGUUUUCCUCGGCCUCCGGCGCCGAGGAGGACGACGAAGAGGCUGAGGAGGCGGAGGGAGACGGCGAGGCGGCGGAGGGAGACGGCGAGGCGGCGGAGGGAGACGGCGCGGGCGACAAGCCCGCCGACACGCCCGCGGCAGAUCUCGCGGCGCCGCGCGAGGAGAGGGACGAAGCGGCCAGCGCGCGAGGCGCGGACGGGGCCGUGGUCUCUGAGGCGAAGGAAGACGAAGAGAAGAAGGAAGCGAAGCGCGAGGCGGUUUCGGAGUUCCUCGAGGCGACGGGGCGGCUGAUUGCCGCCGCGGAACUCCCCGCGUGGAUUGUGGAGGACGAAGAGGAGGAAGUCGCGAACGCCAAGUCCGAGGAGGAAGACGACGACGACAGCGCGCUCGGCGGCCGGCGCAAGCGGCGCCAGCGCGGCUGCAUGAGUCGCGUGCGGUACUGCGACGCGCUUUCGGACGCCAAAUACGUGAAAUUAAUUGAGAAAUUCGAAAACGGCGAGCUCUGGGAAGAAGGGCUCGAAGAGGCCUUCGUCCGCGAGAUCGAACGCCAAGAACAGCGCCGCAGAAAACGCGAAAUGAACAAAUCCGCAGACCCACCCUCGGGCCCCUCGGGCGCGCCGCUCUCCCCGGCGGCGGGAGGCGGGGAGACCUCUGCGCGCGCCGGGCGCCGCGGCCGCAAGCGGCGCCUGCGCGACGACGACGACGCGUUCCUGUCGCAGGGCGCCGAAGACCCCGGCGGUGGCAGCAAACGCCACACGCCAGCCGUCUCAGCCUCGGGCGCCUCGCCCGCGCUCGCCGGCGCCGCGCCGCGGCCGCGCGGGCGCCCGCGCAAACAGCCUCCGGUCGGGCCCGACGGGCCCCUCGGGCCCGUCGGCCCUGCUGCGGCGGCGGGGCUCGGGCGCGGUCGGCGCCGGCGCGCGGCCGGCGCAGAACGCGAGUCCGACGAGCGCGAGGAGGGCGACGACGAGAGGGUGGAGCCCAGGGCGACGGCGGAAGGCGGCGGCGUGCGGGCGUCUGUGGUGCGGAGCCGCGCAGGCCGCAGCGCGGCGCCAGCGAGCGCGGGCGAAGAGGAGGAGGAGAACGAAGACGAAGAGACGGAAAAAUGA